AGUAUAGAAACUUAUCCAAAUCCCUUGAAGAAAAUGGGAUCCAUCACAGAAGAUCUUGCCCUUACACUCACCAACAAAAUUUCCUAGCUGAAAGAAAGCAUAGGCACAUAGUGGCACUUGGUCUGUUCAUGAUUGCUCAUUCAUCAAUGCUUAUUAAGAUUUGGGAUGAUGCUUUCACUACUGCAGUUUACACUAUCAAUAGAAAUCUUUUCAAACACAAACCAAAUUACAGAAAUUUUAGGACAUUUGGAUGUUUGUGUUAUCCCUGCACGAGGCCUUACAAUAAGCAUAAGCUGGAGUAUAGAUCCUUACCAGGUGUAUAUCUGGUAUACCACAAUGCUCAUAAAGGUUAUAAGGUCCUUUUACCUAAAGGAAAUGUUAUUGUGACAAGGAAUAUUCAAUUUGAUGAGAGUAUAUUUCCCUUUGCUCAGAAAAUGAAAGGCCAUUCUGGUUGUAGUGAUGAUUAUGUGCUUGUGACCACACCAACUUUACUAUAUCCUCUUGUCCAGACAGAACAAACUAGACAACACCCUUCUCUUGCUAAAAUCCAAAAUCAAUCCUCUCCAAACCAGCAUUCUACAUCACAAAGCACACCAAACAACUCUCACUCUACCCAUGAUACUAUACUUCUGAUG